AUGAGUGGCACAUUUUUGGUCAGUGUUAUCGCUCUGUUAUCCUGUUAUAGUGUUCAAGCACAGAACGUGACAACGCCUGACCCCGAAGGAUGUAUCGACCCGACUGCAUUUGUGACAUGCCUUUCUACGGCCAAUACAACUGCAAUAGAAUGUGCCAACCAACCAAACGCGACUGUUACUGCUUGCGAAGUGCAGAGCCUCGUCGACGAGAUGCUGUGUUACUAUAGCAGCUGCUGGAACAAGGUAUAUACUUGCGCAUAUCAAUAUAUCACUUCCGAAUACCUUCUUGCAAUUGAUCGUGACCACAUUCAAAGCGCGCCUUUCUACCCAGCUCCAGCCAAUUCUCCUGACAGUUGCUCUUGUAACCUCGGUAACUCCUUGAUCAACGCUACCAAGAACCACGAUACACUUUAUACGUGCUGGGGCAUGUCUAAUGAGACGCUUGCGCACGAAUGCCAGUGCUGUGUCUACAGUGCUGCGGUCAGCGCGUCCUAUGGCAUUUGCCCUGGUACGGAAAAAGACAUCCUAGGUGUCCCCACAUUGGUCGAGGAAGGACAAGCCAACAUUGCAGCUAACGGAUCAUGCGAUGCGCUCACGUAUGAUGUUUGCUAUGGUCAAUUCGGCAUUCCAACGGCAGACAAUGGCACUUAUGUGGAUGUCAACAAUCUCCCACCGAAUCAGACUCAGACUCUUAGCAAUACCCCUGGGACAUCGUCAUUGACCAGCCCUCCAGGAGGUGAAACCAUGACCGUUACGUUUCUAAACAAGACAUAUACUGUUACGGCAGCACCGUAUCAGGCCAAUGGUACAGCAGCAAGCACGGCGCCUGCCACAUCAACACCCACGGGUGCUGCCAUGAGAAUUUAUCCGGAAGGGUUUCUGGGAAGCAUUUCCACGGCUUUGAUAAUUGCAUUUCUGUUGCUUUAA